AAGCUGCUGUCAGUCGUAUUCUGCGAAUCGAGUGUAAACAUUGUCCUUGUCCGAAAUUGGACAAUUUUUAUUAUUUAAUUGAAAAUGUUACAUAAAACGUGAGUGAUCAUGAACUAUGAAGAAUCUGGAAAUGCAGAAGCGUGUAUUUGAUGAAAGUGAAAGUGAUUUAGCUUUAUUGGGUGUUUAUGAUUACAAUACGAUGAAAUCCAAAUCGCGAAUUAAAAAUACUAUUAUUUUUUGCUUCUUUUUGGUCAUAGCAGGGAUAGUUGGAUUUGGAUAUUUCUGCCCGGAUCAGGUCUGCGCCCUAAGCAGGCGUGAUCCGGCGCUCAUAGACGCGACGCCCCUUUCGCCCGACGAUGAGCUGGCUUUAUACGGUUUGGGCGGCGGAGCAUUGACGUCUCCCCGCCGUGGCCCACCUGCGGUAAGGACUUCUGCGGUUAUCGGCGGAGCGGGACUCAGCUAUGAAGAAGUGCUAAGAGAUGACUUCCAGUUCGACAUGCAAGCACACGAUGUCAUGGUCUUUCUGCACAUUCAGAAAACUGGCGGCACGUCGUUUGGGAGGCAUUUAGUUCGGGAUUUAGAUCUAGAGCGCCCUUGCUCCUGUCAGCGAAAUAAGAAGCGAUGCUACUGCUUCAGGCCGAAUAGGAAGGAAAUCUGGUUAUUCUCACGAUAUUCGACAGGAUGGCGGUGCGGCCUGCACGCCGACUGGACCGAACUCACAAACUGUGUGGACCAGGAACUAGACAGAACCGAAGGUGGUCCAGCCAGAAGAAGAUACUUCUAUGUGACCCUGCUUCGUGAGCCUGUUGCUCGUUAUUUGUCGGAAUACAGGCACGUGCAGCGCGGAGCGACGUGGAAGAAUUCCAGGCACUGGUGCAAUGGUCGAAAUGCGUCCAUUCGGGAGCUUCCGCCUUGUUACACUGGUCCCACAUGGCAUGGUGUGGAUUUGGAUAGCUUUAUGGCAUGCCCAAGUAAUUUGGCUGCAAAUCGACAAACUAGAAUGUUAGCAGAUUUGUCCAAGGUUGGUUGCUAUAAUACUUCAGCCAUGUCGAAGACUGAACGGGAUCAUUUGAUGUUGGAGAGCGCCAAACGCAAUUUAGCGUCCAUGGCUUAUUUUGGAUUGACUGAACACCAGAAGGUGGCACAAUACGUAUUUGAAGAAACGUUCAACAUGCGGUUCGCCAUUCCCUUCGACCAGCAUAAUGCCACGGUGUCCAGUGCGGCUUUGAAUUCUGUCACCAGCGAACAAGCACGCAGAAUUCACGAACUGAAUUCAUUAGAUAUCCAAUUAUACGCAUUCGCUAAGAAAUUGAUGUUCCAAAGAUUUGAAAAACUUAAGGCUAAAGAUGCAAAUUUUGAACAAAGGUUCGCCCAUCUCGGCGAACUGGCUAAUCUUCGCAGUGGAGUUACGGAAUUUGAUUGGGAUAAUAAUUUAGAAGAAUUGACGACGCCGUACAAGAUUUUGUAGUUUUUGGAACAAAAUAAUAUAUCUGAUAGAUAUAUCAUUGCUAUGUAGUCAUUUUGCCUCAGAUAAUGAUGCAUCAUUAAAUUUUGGCAAUUUGUUCAUAAUACUUGAUAUAUCCGAAGUCCUGUGAUCAACAAAAUUGUUCACUUGGUUGUAUAUAAAAUUUUAAUAAUA